AUGGAGAAAAAAGAAUCAUCGGUCCUCUCCGUCCCGGAGGAUACCAGCUCAGGCGCUGGCGAAAUCGUUCCCUUCCCACAGACAAAACGCGGUCUGACGUCUCGACAUGUGCAAUUGAUGGCCAUCGCAGGAUCAAUUGGUACGGGACUUUUUGUUGGUAUAGGUUCAUACUUGCGGGAUGCAGGACCGCUGUCCUUGUUGCUUGGUUUCAUGGUUUGGGGAUGUCUUAUGAUUCUCCCUGUCAAUUUGUCGGUUGGAGAGAUGGCGGCAUAUCUUCCUAUCCGUGGAUCUAUCUUCGAGCUUGCUGCACGCUUUAUUGACCCGGCAUUCGGCUUUGCUAUGGGCUGGGUAUAUUUCUACGCCGGCGUAAUGCUAGUAUGUACAGAAUACGCAUCGGUCGCGACAGUCAUGCAGUACUGGGACACGGGCGUCAAUCCUGCGGUCUGGGUAGCCAUGGCGCUAGUCGUUUGCACGGCACUCAAUCUCCUCGCCGUGAAAUGGUACGGCGAAAGCGAGUUCAUUAUGGCGUCAACCAAAGUCCUCCUCCUCAUCGGUCUCGUCCUCCUCACAUUCAUCACAAUGGUCGGCGGCAACCCCAAACACGACGCCUAUGGAUUCCGCAAUUGGAAAGACGGCGUGAUGUACGAGUACUACACCGACGGCGUCACAGGCCGCUUCUUAGGCUUCUUCUCCGUCAUGGUUUACGCAGCCUUCUCCGUAGCUGGACCCGAUCUCCCAGCCCUAGCCGCAGCCGAGAUCCAGAACCCACGCGUGACCAUCCCCCGCGUGGUGCGAAUGACCUUCUGGCGUAUCGUCGGAUUCUACGUCUUCGGUGUCCUGGCCGUAGGCAUCAUCUGCAACCCACAUGACCCACGUCUCAUCUCAGCCCUCAACAGCGGCUCAGCAGGCUCAGCCGCUUCGCCUUGGGUUAUCGGAAUCGAGAAUCUAGGCAUCAGCGGCCUGCCCGAUCUGAUCAAUCUCCUGAUCCUGCUAUCGGGCUGGUCAUGUGGUAACGCCUAUCUCUACAGCUCCAGCAGAACGCUCUAUUCUCUCGCCCGUGACGGACAGGCGCCUAAGUUCCUGUUGAAGUGCACUCAAUCCGGCAUUCCCAUCUACUGUGUUACCACCGUCUCGCUUCUCUCUUGCAUCACCUUCCUCGUGGCGAGUAACUCCUCCGUCGAGGUGUUCUACUGGUUCGUCGAUUUGACCACUAUCGGUUUCGUGCUUACUUACACCGGCAUGGCCUGUGUCUUCCUUGCCUGGUACCGCGCUAUGAAGGCGCAGGGGAUCGACCGCAAGUCGUUUGUUCCCUGGGCUUCGCCGUGGCAGCCAUACAGUGCUAUAAUGGCUGUUUUCAUUGGCUGCGUUACGGCCAUCUUCAACGGGUUUUCGGUUUUCAAGCCUUUUAGUGUGCAGGGGUUUAUCACCUCGUACUUCGGUCUGGCCUUCUGGGUUGUCAUGUUUGCCUUCUGGAAGAUUUAUCAUCGCAGUUCGUUUGUGAAUGUUGCCACUGCGGACCUGUACACUGGGAAGGCAGAGGUGGAUGAGGAAUGUAAGAUUUGGGAGGAAGGUGGCUAUGAGGAACGGAGGAAGGAGGAGCUGGCUAAUAUGAGCUUUAUUAAGCGUUCGUGGGAGAGAAUGUGGUGA